AUGAGGUCACGUGUUUUGGUAUUAUUCUUCUUCCUGGCGAUUUCUUCAGCGGAACAGCGACCGUCCGAGGAUGUAAAAGAAAAAUGUAUGGAGGACCAUCCUGUUCUCCUCCAUUACUUCUCAUGGGCCGACUAUAUGGUGUUGGCUGCUAUGUUGAUAAUUUCGUGCCUGAUUGGCACUUUCUAUGGCUUCUUCUCAAAGAAGCAGGAAACCAGCCAAGACUUCCUGCUCGGUGGCUCGAGCAUGGGAACAUUCCCUAUGGCAAUGUCACUGGCAGCCAGCUUCAUCACAGCUAUUGAGCUUCUGGGGAAUCCUGCGGAGAUGUACGAACAGGGCACUCAAUUCUGGAUGACAUGCCUGGCCUUCAUCUUGGUUGUGCCCAUUACCUCCUGUCUGUACCUGCCGGUUUACAUGAAGCUGAGAUUAACCUCAAGCUACGAGUACCUUAAUCUUCGUUUCGACCAGUAUUGCAGACUGCUCGCUGGCGGCCUUUACAUGCUGCAGAUGAUACUCUACACGUCUGUGGCCGUAUACGCGCCAGCGUUAGCUUUAAGUCACGUCACGGGCCUCAAUACUUAUAUAGCCGUCACUCUAGUCUACGUAGUCUGUAUCUUCUACGCAUCGCAGGGUGGAAUGAAGGCUGUCAUAAUGACAGAUACGUUCCAAGCAGCGGUGCUCCUUGGCUCCCUCUUUCUGAUUGUCGGGUACGGCCUUUUUUGGGAAGGAGGGCUCUCCUUGGUGUGGCAAGUCAACCAGCAAUCAGACAGAAUGGAGUUCUUCAACAUGGAUCCCAGUCCAACUGUCAGGCACAGUUUCUGGAGCGUGGUGAUUGGUGGAACCAUUUACUGGACUAGCAUGUUCUGCAGCAAUCAAGCUUCCGUCCAAAAGUACCUCAGUGUAGAAAGCAUUGGCCAAGUUAGAACAGCGUUAUGGGUGUCAGCUUUUGGCAUGAUUAUAAUAUACACCGUGAACUUUCUGACCGGUAUGGUGCUCUACAGCACGUACAAAGACUGUGAUCCUCUCCUGGCUGACUAUAUAAGCGGCCAGGAUCAGUUGUUGCCAUUGUACGUUAUGAAUUUCAUGGGUAGCUUAAAAGGAGUGCCUGGGUUCUUUGUUGCUGGGAUCUUUGCUGCCUCUUUAGGAACCGUAGCAAGCGCUCUCAACUCUCUGGCAGCCAUAACCUGCGAAGAUAUCCUUCAGGGAUUGUUCAAAAUGGAGAUGCCAGCAAGAAAAGGAGCAAUUUAUGCUAGAUGGAUUAGUAUCUUUUUUGGAGCGCUUAGCUUUGCUUUGGUCUUCGUCGUGGAACGUCUUGGUAGUGUUCUUCAGGUUGCCCUGUCAUUCAAUGGCAUGGUCGGUGGCAUUACGCUGGGAUUAUUCUCAUUGGGCAUGUUCGUGCCAUGGGCAAAUGCCAAAGGAGCGAUUACCGGUGCCAUUGCCAGUUUAGUAAUUGUCCUUUGGAUUGGUCUUGGAGCACAAAUUGCCACCUUAAAUGGCCAAAUUCACCUAGAUAACAAACCAGUGUCAGUUAACGCUUGUCCAUGCAUUAACACCACAGACAUAAUCUCAAAUGAUUCAAAUGGCAACAACGGUGAAGCUUAUUCCAUAUACGAGAUCAGUUAUCUGUGGUAUACUGCGAUCGGUUGUAUCCUGACAAUGUUGAUAGGCGUGGGAGUGAGUUUCUUCACGGGUUUUCAGAACCCGGCGGACCUAGACCAGGACCUCCUGAGUCCGCCCAUCGCUUCAAUGUUCCACGUACAGACAAAACCGCACGCCAACAACGUCCACGGUAUCACAAACUUUGGCCUGGAACUGGACGAUGAGAAAUCGCAGGCAGAAAGUACCAAGAGUCAAAAGACAUGAGGAACAGCACCGGUUCGGUAUCCACUGUACACUUGGAAGAGAUUCUGUGAACCAGAGGUUGCUCCGGAUGGUGGAAAUUACAUUAGAAAACCGUCUGGGAACAUUUUAGAGGGCUCGUUUGAAACGCAGUAGUUGCUAAUCGCGACAGUUUCAUGGCGCUUAUUUUUAUUUCUUCAAGGUUGUCCUCUGUAGUCAGUUAGGGAAAACCUGAGCGCUGACUGCACUAGAAAAUGUCUACGUGUUAGUUUUUAAUAGCGGAAACUUACAAGAUAGUGAGUCGAUUGGGGAUCCACUCGUGGAUGAUUGAUCGUUGCUGUUUCCUUGCCAAGUCCCCGCAAUUCAUUCUCUUAGCAUUAGACUAAGUUCGUGAAGUACGAUGGUAGAUUGCUUUGUUCUGAAUGCUGGAUACUUGGCACGAAGGCUCGAAGAAAGAGCAACCAAAAUACUGGCAACUGAGAGGAGUACAAGUAAGAACCAAUCAGUUGCCAAUAUAUAACAAGGUGAAAUAGGGCAGAACGAAGCAUGAGCGAAGGUGAAGAGGUUCUUUAAGACUCGAAUGAAAGUACUUUUUAGUUUCGUUAUCCGUGAAAACAGAAGGGUAGCGUUUAAAGAAUAAAAGAUGAUAACGUCGCUAGUGUUUAGUUAGAGAUGAAGGAAGAGGACCUUACUGAUUUAGAGAGACUAUUUAUGAAUAUUCAGAGAAGACUCCUUGCCAGGAGGCGACUCGAAAUUGCGUAGGGUAGUUUAUUUAUGGCGCCAGUUGAUAUAGUACUUAUCUUGUCUUGCCAAUUCCAACCAUUCCUGAACAAGAAGCUCUCUCGUGGGCGAGAAUUUUAGUAAUUGACAAUCAAUUGUUAGGGAUUUUUGCUCUUCGUCAUUCUACACUUGUAUAUUUGAGGAUUGUCAUUGUAUCAUAUUUGAAGAAAUAAUUUUAUUUAGUAGUAUCUUUUAUUUCCGGCCCUGAAGGGAUCUACUCCGGUCUAAACUCGAGAAGUUAUUUACUUGUUUUUUUUUAAAUCAGAAUCUUCCGUUUUGUCUGUUUGUUUGUCAACGAGCGCAAUCUUUCCCUUUUGCCUUCAGACGAGACAGACAGUAUCACGGGGAGAUUUUUAUACAUUUUCUUCAGCUCUUCAAGCACCACUUUCGCCCCCCGAGGAGCUUCUUUCGCGCGAAACAUCGACGAUUCGUUCAAGAAUCUCCCUCUCAACGCCUUGUCAACUCAAUGGGAAUGGUUUUUCUUUCUCCCCUCGUCGUCUGUUCUUACUUCUUUCUUCUCUUCUUCCUUUUUUUUCUCUUUUUUAUACCGUGAGAAGAUGAAAAAAAUCAUUCUUUCACUUGACUGCGGAUCUGUACUUCGUUUCAUCGUCUCGGAUAUUUAAAUAGCUGAGAAUAUACGGAUAUACAUUUUAUGAGCAUGCCUCUACAAUUCUAGAUAAACUAUUUGUACAUAAGAGAGAUAUAGUAAAUGGCUUUAUUGUA